CACCUCUCUUCGCACACCCAAAAGAAGAUCAAGCUCAUCCACUAAUUCCACAUCCAUGGAAGCAGCAAAGAAGGGCAAGAUCCUAAUCAUCGGAGCGACGGGGUACCUUGGAAAGUACCUCACUGAGGGGAGCUUGAGAUUAGGUCACCCUACCUUCAUUCUAGUGAGGGAAAGCUCCAUUAACACUAAUUCAGAAAAGGCCAAGGUCAUCAAAGAUUUCAAAGAUGCUGGAGCCACUGUGCUCUAUGGAGAUUUGCAUGACCACGAGAGCUUGGUGAAGGCAAUUAAGCUGGUGGAUAUCGUCUUCUCGACGAUGGGCCAUGAGCACCCAGAGCAGCUGGCGAGUCAGAUUAACAUCGUCUCAGCCAUUAAAGAGGCUGGAAAUGUGAAGAGAUACUUUCCAUCAGAGUUUGGGGUUGAUGUCGGUCGAAUCCAACUUUUGGAGCCAGCAAAAAGCGUGCUCGGAAUAAAGGUUAAAAUCAGACAAGCAAUAAGGAUGGCAGGAAUUCCCUUCACCUUUGUCUCAAGCAAUCUUUGUGCAACAUACUUCCUUUCUAGACUUGGGCAAGUUGAAGGUGAUGGGACCCCAAAAGAUGAAGUCUCCAUCAUGGGGGAUGGAAACGCCAAAGUUAUUUUUGUGUGCGAGCAAGAUAUGGCAACAUAUGCCAUCAAAGCUGCAGAAGACCCAAGAACUCUGAACAAGAUCCUAUAUGUGAGACCACCAGCUAACAUCUACUCUCAAAAUGAGCUUGUAUCCCUUUGGGAGAAGAAAACUAAGAACACCCUUAGAAGGACUUAUCUUUCUGAAGAAGAGGUUAUGAAGAAGAUCCAAGGCACUCCGUAUGUGGUCUCUUUUGUUUAUGCUAUCGCACACGCAUGCUUCAUGAAGGGAGAGUUGACCAACUUUGAGAUAGAUCCCUCAAUGGGAAUAGAGGCCUCAAAUCUCUACUGCGAAGUCAAGUAUAUCACCGUCGAUGAAUAUCUUGACAAAUUCAUAUGAUGUACUUUGGUUCAACUUUUUGAAGAUCCCUUAAAGUGGCUAAGCUACUAAAUAAAAUGAAUUAGCAUCUAAAAUAAAGAAAUUAUGUACUCUUCUUAGUGAAACUAAUAUCGGUCCCAUUCUACAAAUUGGACCAGUGAUGGAUUAUGAAUUACCACAAAAAUAAAAUGUGAGUUAAGUUGUGAUGAUUUUAUGAAAGUUAAGGUGGAGAAAUCUGAAAUGUUCCUCUA